CGCUAUUGGAACAACGAUCUUCAAAAUAAUCUAAAAUAAUGGAGGUAAUAUAUGUGAAGAAAUGAAAUUUUUAAGAGAGAUGAUAAGAGAUAUUGAUGAUGUGAGAACUUAAGUGUAAAAAUCAAAAAUACAAUGUAAUUUUAUCUUGUACAAUAAGAAUGCGCCUUAGCUUCGUAAGAACAUUGCUCGUACUUGCGUUAUUGGGAAAUAUAAUUAUUUGGCACAGAAUAUGGAGGUUAUUCGCUGCACAAAAUACGUUAGGAUUAUUAACACCUGGUGUAGUGACAAAUGAUCCACCUCAAAAAUUGCAUCGUCGUUUAUCUCGUCUUGUAACUAUUAUUAUACGUCAAUUUGAAAGUUUUGAAAAUGACGUGGUGUCUACCGUGGAGUCUGUCUUGAAUUCCUUUCCUACCAUUCCAAUUUUAAUAAUAUGCGAUGAAUUGCCAUAUCCUCCAUUGGAAUUGCAUUUGGAAAAUGAAACAUUACACAAUGUUAAACUUAUCACCUUGCAAACUGAUUUUAAUAAAACAUACGAGGAAAGGAAUCCUAUGUUCUAUAUACGCACAAAGUUUGUCUUAUUUCUACCUGAUGCCAGUCGAGUAUCUACAAAACAAAUUCUACAGAAUAUUAUACAAAUGUCUGAAUUUGGGAUAGUAACUAUACCUGUAGGUAAAGUUACUUUAUCUUGUCUCGCUGUGAACUUGAAGAUUAAGGAAUGGAGCUUACAAUUUGCUCAUUCCUCUGACAUGAAAUGUGAUUUUGUAGUUGGGAAACAUGCAACGAUGUUAGAAGUUAAAACAUUAAGAAAAUUGUCCGAUCCUUUUCUAUUACCUUUUCCAGAUGCAUUGUAUAUACAAACAGCAGCUAUUGGUACAAAGAUUCAUAUUCUGAAAAAUCAUCAAUUCAACGAGGGAAAGUCAUUAUAUAGAAAUCAACAAACUCAAUGGAAGCUGGAACAAUUACAUCAAAGUCGUGAACGAUUAAUGUUUAAACAGUUAGGAAUUAAAAAAGUUACAAGGGCUUCCAAUUUUAUUGAAUGGUAUGGGUGUUCAAGAGAAACUUCUAGAUGUUUUGGGUCGGUAAUAAAUGGUAUACCAUCAUAUUUUUAUCAAAAUCGAUAUACGCCUCCUUGUUGUCUUGCUGGAUUAAGGAAAGUUGCUCAUCAUGUAUUUGAUAAACUAGACGAAGUUGGUAUUCGUUUCUGGUUAGAAGGAACAUCAUUAUUAGGUGCAAUGAAAAAUGGAGAUAUUUUACCAUGGGAUCAUGAAGUACAAAUAGGAAUAAAUAGAUUUGAUUUAGAAAGAUCUCCAUGGUUAGUUAAAGCCAAAGUUAAACCUACUAUAGAUAAUCAUGGUUUUGUUUGGGAAAAAGCAACAGAAGGAGAAUUUUUUAAAGUACAGUAUUCCAAAAUCAAUAAUUUACAUGUGAACUUACUCCCAUUUUAUCCAAAAAAUGGAUCUAUGGUUAAAGAUGCAUGGUUUAUGAAAAAUGAAGAUUUUCCAGAACAAUUUCUUCAUCCAAUGUCAAGCAUUGAAUUUGCAGGUAGACACGUUCCAUGUCCAAAUAACAUUAGAGAUUUUUUAGAGCUUAAAUAUUUUAAAGGAGUAGUAGAAAAUUCAAAGCUUCCAAGUAAGAUCAUUUUUAAUUAGAUACCAUUAUUAUUGCACUAAAUGUUAUUGAUGUCAUUUCUUUUUUACAAUAAUUCAUAUUAAUAAAAAUAAUUUUGCAAGAUUGUUAAACAAUACGAUAUUUAGUAACACAGGGAAUUGAUAUUAAAUAACUAUGUUAUUAUCUGUAUGCUUUGUAUUUAUUUUUUUUUUUUUUUUUAUAAUUGAAAAUGUAAUCAUUAAGUACAAAAUAUUUAAGUGAUUUCAUUUUCACAAUAACGAUUUCAAUUUAAGAUUCGACAUAAUGUUCAAGUAAUAAUCAAUAUGUAAUUGUAUUUUAAGUCAGCAUGUGAGAAUUGAAAACGAGCAAUAGCCAUUUAUAUUGCAUUAUUUGUGUUAGAAGUUAACAUAAUAUAAAAGUACAUACAUUUGGUGCCAAA